UUCUUCUCAGAACCACACGGAGCCAGCCAAGAGAGCUAGCAGCGAGGGAGUGAGAGCAGAGUGAGAAUGGGUGGCAAAGCCGCUCUCCUGGUGGCCCUCCUGGCCGUGAGCCUGGUCCUCGAGGCUCAGGCCGGCGGCGGGUACACCCCCACCCCGACGCCGGUGGCUCCGCCACCCAAGGGGCACAAGCCCCCUCGCCACCACCAUCACCACCACGCCAAGCCACCUACCGCCUCCCACAAGCCACCAUACGGCGUUCCUCCUCCCACGCACACGCCGCCGCCACCCACCUACACUCCCACCCCCAAGCCGCCGACGUACACUCCCACCCCAAAGCCUACGCCUCCGACGUACAAGCCGCCAACGCACCCCAAGCCCACGCCGCCCACCUACAAGCCGUGGCCAAAGCCGACUCCACCCACCUACAAGCCCACGCCCACACCCUCACCGCCGACGUACAAGCCGGCGCCACCAACAUACAAGCCCUCACCCAAGCCCAUGCCGCCGACGUACAAGCCGGCGCCCAAGCCGAUGCCUCCGGCGCCCAAGCCGGCGCCAAAACCCACUCCACCGACGUACAAGCCGGCGCCACCAACAUACAAGCCCUCACCCAAGCCCAUGCGGCCAACGUACAAGCCGGCACCCAAGCCGGCGCCAAAACCCACUCCGCCGACGUACAAGCCGGCACCCCCGACUUACAAGCCGGCUCCGAAGCCGAUGCCGAAGCCGUCGCCGCCACACUACACUCCGACGCCCAAGCCGUCGCCGCCACACUACACGCCGACGCCCAAGCCGUCGCCGCCACCCUACACGCCCAAGCCCAAGCCGUCGCCGUCACCUUACACUCCGACGCCCAAGCCAUCGCCGCCACCGUACACUCCUACCCCCAAGCCCUCCCCGCCACCCUACACUCCGAAGCCCAAGCCCUCGCCGCCACCAUACACUCCAACCCCCAAGCCAUCCCCGCCACCAUACACUCCGACGCCCAAGCCGACUCCUCCGCCGCACAAGCCCCCCACUCCUACCCCUCCGGCGUACAAGCCUCCGACUCCCGCCCCUCCGGCGUACAAGCCUCCCACUCCGAGCCCGCCGCCGCCGCCCUACCAUCACUAAGAUCCUGCACUCUGCCAUGUUGGGAGCAUAGAAUGUGUCGAGAAGAAGUGUUGUGCGAGCUGGCCAAGAUGGGCCACUGCGCCAUGAUCCUCCUGCGUUCUGCCCCUGCCAUCCUAGGGCUAAUCUCAGAGGAGAUCAAAUAAUAUUGUAGAUUGCUUGCUCCCCCUGGACCUUGAUGUCUUAUUACCAGAGUUGUGUUCGUCCCGUCCUAGCAUGUUGUGUCGUGUGAGUGUUACUUGUGUUGUUGUGUUACUGUAAUACCAUUGAUCACAGCCGAAA